UAUUUCCACCCGUUAGCGUCUCUCUCUCUCACACACACGCACACAGGCACAGAGGAGGCACAGGCAACGCACAGUUCCGUGGGCUAUAAUGGCGUUGAACAGGGAGGAGGAAGAUGAGAUCAACCUGGAGCUGACCCUCUACUACUCCUCGGCCUCCUCGUCGUCGCCGGAGCCCAUCGGCUUUUUCCUCUGCAUGUACUGCGACCGCAAGUUCUACAGCUCCCAGGCGCUCGGCGGCCACCAGAACGCGCACAAGUACGAGCGCAGCCUGGCCAAGCGCCGCCGGGAGAUCGCCGCCGCGAUGCGCGCGCACGGGGUGCCACCGGCGGAAGACGGCGCCGGAGCCUCCGGUACGGCAGCACAGAGUAAGGUGAGUAUCGAGGCGCAGCAGAAGGCGGCGGCGGCUCCCGGGCGCGGCGGCAAGAGCUCGCCGGAGUACGGCGGCCACGGGCUGGACUUGUCGCUCAGGCUGUAAUCUCCUCCGAUCCUCUCGGCUUCCGCUGCUGCUGCUGCUCCUCUGCUGUUUCGGUAUGUCGGAAGCCUACUAGCUGCUAGCUGCUUCGCCGAGCACCAAUUACUCAUCAGUUGGGAAUUUUCUCUCUGUCUGUAGUGACUCUGUGUGCGUUUGUGUCAAGAACAUGUUUUUGCAUGCUGCUGCUGCUCGUGUGCUGGAUUUUUUUUUUUUAUCGAUCUGUGCUUCCCUCUUCUACUUGAGUUUGUCUUCUGAUCGAUGGAAUUUCCCAGUUCAAUUACCAGGAGUUGUUUUGGCAGUUAAUGGAGAUUUCGAAUGGUGUAUGAUGUUUUCUGUUGUUUUUGUUUGUUUUGUUUUCUCUAUUAGCUUAAUUUAUUUCGGCAGAUCUGUAAUAAAACUGUUUCCUUCAGAGGCUUCGCCAAGUGAUUUUCAGAUUGUGGAUAUUCCAUGUGUGAAUCUUCACCCAAAACAUACUCUUUCCAUCAUAU